GGCCCCUCGUCAGUCGGCCCUCAUCCUCUAUCUAUAAAUACUAGUAGUAAUCGCGUUGGUCCGUGGUCGUAUCGAAAUUCGAAAGAUAAAGCAAUGGCGGGUGUUGUGCUUCCAGGUCCAGGUACAGGUACUACCGCGGGAAGGGAGGCAGCGGGGAGCAAGACUCGGACUGAGAAAGUGGACUACACGAACCUGCCUUGCCCCAUUACUUAUGAAGAAAUCCACCACGAAGCUAUCAUGUCUUUACGGCCACAACUUUUUGAGGGAAUGCGCUUUGAUUUUUUCAAAAGACUCGACCACAAGUUCUCCCUUAGCCACAGUUUCUCCAUGGGACCUGUGACAAUUCCUCGUCAAUCUGCCGAAAUCUUAAAGGUCCCUACUGCCAACUAUGAGUUUGGUGCAAAUUUUAUAGACCACCCAAAGUUGAUGCUUGUUGGGAGGGUAUUAACAGACGGGAGACUUAAUGCAAGAGUCAAGUAUGACUUGACUAACAACCUCACUCUCAAGACUAAUGCUCAGCUCACAAAUGAGCCGCACAUGUCUAAUGCCAUGGUCAAUUUGGACUACAAGGGUUCAGACUACAGAUCCCAGAUUACAUUGGGUAAUGGGGCCUUAUGUUAAGCGAGUUAUAUGCAGUCAGUGACUCCUCAUUUUUCUUUGGGUGGUGAAGUAUUUUGGGCCAGCCAGCAUCGAAAGUCAGGUAUCGGUUAUGCGGCUCGGUUCAACACUGAAAAGAUGGUUGCCACAGGGCAGGUUGCUAGCACUGGAAUGCUUGCAUUGAGCUAUGUUCAGAAAGUAUCUGACAAGGUUUCACUAGCGUCAGACCUCAUGUACAACCACAUGUCAAGAGAUGUCACAGCAAGUGUUGGCUAUGAUUACGUCUUCAGACAGAGUCGUGUUAGAGGGAAGAUUGAUUCCAAUGGCUGCACGGCUGCUUAUCUUGAAGAGAGAUUAAAUACGGGUCUUAAGUUUAUUCUUUCUGCGGAGAUCGAUCACAAGAAGAAAGACUACAAAUUGGGGUGUGGGAUUACACUAGGAGAAUAGCUUCACAGAUGAUGCAAAAGGAAGGGGCUGGCUGUAGUAGGAAAUUUUUGUAAUUAUUUCUAGCACCACUUUUGUGCCGCCUAUUGUGAACUUUUUUGCCUCUAUGUAAUCAUAUAAUUAAUUUUAUGUUAUGAAGGUGAAGGAAUUUCUUACUAGAUUACUGAUUAUUAUUAUUUAAUACCAAACCAUGCGUGGUUAAUUGAAUAC